AGGAGUAAUUGUUUUGAUUCAAGUGACUGAUUCUAAAACAUGAACGUUGCGGAAGGAGAUCUAUUUCACAACACCGCAAACAUCUCUGUCAAAGGGAGGGAUGAGUUAAAUUCCAUUGUCAAUGACACAUAUAUUGAUCUGCCCCAGCGCUACGGCCAAUCUACGUUUAGCUACAGUGGAACUAGCCGUGGUGCUGAAAACCGGGAGAGCUGGGCUGCACAAAGCUGUACUCCAUACACCAUCGGUCAGAAUCCAAAGACAACAGAAAGCAGCGAAGAACAGACUGCAGACGAAGAAGAUAGCGACGGUCGCUCGGCCGGGAGCACAAGGAAUCUAUGCAGUGACAACGAGAACAAACUAAAAAGUUCAAUUGGCAAGAAAGGCAAAGAGCCGCGGUCGCUAAGGCUAAGUAUUAACGCAAGAGAGAGGAGAAGAAUGCACGACUUAAAUGAUGCACUGGAUGGCCUUAGAUCUGUGAUCCCCUAUGCUCACAGCCCAUCGGUACGAAAACUGUCCAAAAUCGCCACUUUGCUUCUGGCGAAGAACUACAUCCUGAUGCAGGCUCAGGCUUUGGAUGAAAUGAGGCGGCUGGUAGCGUAUUUGAACCAGGGCCAGGCCCUGACAGGACCCAUUCCAUCUGCAGCUGCACUGACUAACACUCUCAGCUCUUUUGGACAGGCUGCUGUUUAUCCAUUCACGGGUACUUCUAUCGCUUCUUGUCCGGACAAAUGCGCCGUGUACACAGGAACACCCUCCAGUCUUUGCAAACAUUGUAACGACAAGCCUUAAUCAAUAUUCCAUUCAUCCAUCUGUCCAUCCAUUCAAACGUCCAUUCGGUUGUGGAUCUAUAAACUUCUCUUGCUCAUUUUGGUUUCUGUAUCGAAUAAAUCCCAUCUACAUUUUGUCUCCAGAUAGCAUCCCUUCUGCGGGAAUUUUAAGUAUCCCCACAUCCACCCGCCCCUUAUCGUGAUCCUUUCCUGUUUGUAGAAUAUGAUCUGAAUAGAUAGAUGGAUAAAUGGCUCAUAAAAGACUUACAUUAUGGAAUAUGUGAGUUACUUUUUAAUGUCUUAUAAAUCACUGCACUCCUUAGGGCGUUCAACAGUUGUUAACUAUGCAACAUCCAUACGCCAUGAUCAAAAGCUAUAAGAGAUCGAUUUCCCAUUAAAUCUGGUAACAUUAUUAUGAAUAAUGCUAUUUACGAAGUGAGAGGCAUUUAUAUUUCAGCCCGAGUUUAAAAAAGGGUCUUAUAUUUUGUCAGAUUAACUCUGUUCAUGCAUUUGACGUCGAUGGGAAACAGUUCUGUUAAGGUUAAGGGAAGAAAGUGCGAAAUCGGCCUUUAAGGAGAAUGAUUGUAUAUUAAAUUUGGUUAAAUGCCGCAGACCAUGCACUUAAUAGCAGACGUUUAGGUAAACGUUAUUUGCUCUGGUGUUCUUCGCUAUUCCAUUGAAAAACAUGUUAUGACAAAUAUAUUUCCAAAGUCACUUAUUUUUUCCUGCUCAACUACCAACAGCUUCGUUCAUGUAUAUGUAUUUAAUCGAAUAAAUUUAACAGGUCAAAAUACGUUGUCGGUUAUGUUGUUUGUUGGCUUGAUCCGCUUAGAAAUGAAUAAUAUUCUAUGAUAAAUGAUAUUUUCUUCUUGUUAUUGUAAUAACAAUUUGACUUUCUGCAUGCUUCGCCACGUUAUUAAACGAUGGCAAUCCAAUGAUUGCUAGCAAAUCAUCUGAACUUCUAAACUAGAUUUGCUAGAGAAAAGCUUUUCGUGAAUCAAAAUACCAUGCGAAAAAAAACUAUCGCCUGAGUUAUUACAUCUUGAUUUUAUUGUAAGUUUUAAACAUAUGAAUUUAUAAUCAAUGAAUGUCUCUGCUGUAAAACUUUAAUGAAAAAGUUGAAUGCGAUAUAAUUAAGAAUGUUAUUCACAGUUCAUUGUUACAGGUAUUUUAAUGAAGCUCCAGACAAAGCAGAUAUCACCCUGCACUCAUCGUUUCGACAAAUUUUCCUCUCAUGCGGCGUUAUGAAUUAGUGAAUUUAGACAACACAUUUAAACAUAUUUCCAAUCGAAAAACAUAAAGGAUGUUGAUCUGUGAAAAAGGCGCGGAAUGUACUAAGAUCUUCAUAAGAACGUUGUCUGUAUGCUCGAGUAAAUUACAAUUAUUUAAAAGUUUAAAUAUAAACUUAAAUUGUAUCUAAACGCUUAAAAGUUAAUAUCGGCGAUGUUUCUGAGCUUGCAAUUUUUGAUCAUCAAACAAUGAGCAUAAUUUAUCGGCAUGUGAUUUCUGUAUUUAGUUAUAUCUAUUUCAGUUUUAGUUUUAACCGAAUUAAUUAAAGUUAA